GCAGAGGACACAUAAAAAGCUCCCAUUCUUCCACCCCUCUCAGCCAAAAAAACACACAUUUACUCACUCUCUGUUGCUUCUCAAUAGAAAUCUUGAAAAGUGAAACGGACUAAAUGGAUCAUAGUCAUUUGAAAAUGAUCUCAGAAAAUGCAGAAGUCCGGCAAUCCCUCUCCGACCUCAUUAUAAACAGCGGGAAAUGUUCAUCAAGCUCCAUUUUUUCUGAUCCCCUGCUCAAGAAAGUCCCGAUUACCCCUCUGGGUUCUUCAGUGUAUCUCACGCAUAUAGAUUUACUCCGGAAGCUCUGCCAAGAAAACAAAGCGAACCCAUUCGGGAAUUCUUCUUUGGUUCGUCCGGCCGCCAGUGAGACGACAGCGAUGCUGAAGAUGCUGAAGAAGAAGGUAUACAGAGGAGUGAGGCAGAGGCACUGGGGGAAAUGGGUGGCAGAGAUUAGACUCCCUCAGAACAGAGUCAGAGUCUGGUUAGGGACUUAUGAGACUGCCGAAACCGCCGCCUAUGCAUACGACGCCGCAGCCGUUAUCCUCCGCGGCGACUAUGCGCGGCUGAAUUUCCCCGAGCUUCGCGAUCCCGAGAAACUCGGGGGAAACCCGAAGCUGGUGGCCGUCAAGAAUGCUGUCUAUGCGAAAAUCCAGUCCAUUAACCAGAAGGUGAAAAUGGAAAGAGAUAAGAAUAAGAAGAUGGCAAAAAAGAGGACCGAAUCCGGUGGGAUUGUUCAUGUUAUUGAGUCUUCGUCGUCAUCUUCUUCUUACUCUUCCUCAUCGUUUGCUGGAACGGAAAGUGGGAAAGUUUUAGUGGGAAGUCCCUCGAGUGUGUUCUCUGAAGAUGGGUUUUCGAUGAGGGAGACGACGUCGCCGCCGAGCCCCGCCUCCGGCGAGAUUUUGACGGCGCCGGGUCAACCAGAGUUCGAAGGCUGUUCCCUGGCGAGAAUGCCUUCCUUUGAUCCAGAGUUGAUAUGGGAAGUUCUGGCCAAUUAAGAGUUACUCUAGUAUUUUUCUCCCUUAACUAAAGAUAAUGUGAGUUUGACUAUGGAGUAUAUCAUUUCACUGUUUUAUUACGUUUUAGUUCUACAAUUGUAACAUACAUAGUAUGUAUUGGUUCUUGUAUGCAUUAUUUAGAUGUAUAGGUCCAAUGUUUUGAUCUUAUGUGCCAUCUUAAAU